UUCUCUCCUCUUCCUCUUGAUCCUUCUCCUCCUCCUCCACCUCACCUUUGACCCUUCCUCACUUGUUGCAGCCUCGUCACCGAUCCAUCGCAGCAUUAGUGGCCGCCCUCGCCUCAGUCUCUACUCUUUCUCUAGCGAUUUCUCGCCAUCGCAGGCUUGCCGUCGCUCACGGCCUCGUCUCUGCUCCCUCGCCCUUCGCUUCCAUCCAACAAGCGUGUUGAAACGUGUCGAAAAAAGUUGACUGUGUGUCCGAGAAUCACGUGUUGGACACGACACAGAAGCACAUGCAAUGUGUUCGUGCUUCAUGGAUGGGAAGUGGGCAAGCUUGAAAGAGAGAAAUAAAAGAAAAGGAAGAAAGAAAGGGAAGAAGGUUUCGCACUACAUGCUAUGGAGGUCUUGCAAAGCGGAAUUUACUUCUAUUCACAAUUCUUGGUUCUUUAACUAGUAACAAAGAAGACGAGAGUGCUAUUGGCAGGGACCUUUUGGUAGUUUCAUUUUGGAUAAAUUGAGUUGAGCAUUUGGAUAUAUAUCCAGGUGUGAUGUCCUUCGUAAGUCAAUUGCAGCAGAUUUUGUGUUUGAGCUAUGUUCUUGAAGAUUCUUGUUCUGGUUUCUCUGCUAGCCGUUUCGGCUUAUGCUCAAGUGACCAGUUUCGCGUACAACGGUUUCCCAAUGGGAAAGCUGAGCCUCGAUGGGAUGGCCUGGGUCACCCCCAAUGGCCUCCUGAAUAUGAGCUACGACGUCAGACAGAAUAUGGGCCACGCCUUCCAUCCCGAGCCAGUCCCGUUCAAGAACUCGCCAAACGGCUCCGUCUUCUCCUUCUCCACCACGUUCGUCUUUGUGAUCCGAUCUCGGUAUAAGACUCUGAGCGGCCACGGGAUCAUCUUUAUGGUCACGCCCCAGAGAGGCUUCCCCGGGUCCCUGCCUAGCCAAAACCUUGGCAUUUUCAACCAAACUGACCACGGCAACGCCAGCAAUCAUGUGUUCGGGGUGGAAUUUGACACGACCCAGAGCAGCGAGUUUAAUGACAUCAAUGACAAUCAUGUCGGAAUCGACUUGAACGGGUUGACAUCAGCAAACUCAACUUCGGCAGGGUAUUAUGCAGAUGGUGGUGAGUUCAAGAACUUGACUCUAAUCAGUGGUGAAGAAAUGCAAGUUUGGGUGGACUAUAAUGGAACUGAAAAGCGGAUCGAUGUCACAUUGGCUCCGAUCAAAGUGCAAAAGCCAAACACUCCCCUUCUGUCUCUUACAUGGGAUCUCGCGUCAGUUAUCAACGAGAACAUGUAUGUUGGCUUCUCGUCAUCGACCGGUUCAGCCCAAACUUCUAACUAUGUUCUGGGUUGGAGCUUCGGGGUAAAUGCAAAGCCUCAGGAACUCGCCCUGUCCCAACUUCCUAAGCUUCCUCAGGUCGGUAAAAAGGAUAUGUCGAAGGUACUGACUAUUGGGCUACCAUGGGUGGUUCUUUUCCUCAUAUCAAUCCUGAUCUCGAGCGUGGUUUACGUGAUGAGAAGGAAACGGAAAUUUGCCGAGGUGCUCGAAGAUUGGGAGAGGGACUACGGCCCGCACCGGUUCAAGUACAAAGACCUUCAUAUUGCGACAAAAGGAUUUCGGGAGCAAGAGCUAUUAGGGACUGGUGGGUUCGGUCGGGUCUAUAGAGGAAUCUUACCCAUAUCAAACAUAGAGAUCGCAGUGAAGAGGGUCUCACAUGAAUCGAGACAGGGUAUGAGAGAAUUCGUAGCGGAGAUCAUCAGCAUCGGUCGGCUACGUCACCGCAACAUAGUGUUGCUCCUUGGUUACUGCCGUCGGAAAGGGGAGUUGCUCUUGGUUUACGAAUACAUGCCCAAUGGGAGCCUCGAUAGGUACCUCUAUAACCAACCAACGGUCACCCUAAAUUGGGGGCAAAGAUUUAGGGUGAUCAAAGGAGUGGCAUCUGGACUGCUUUAUCUGCACGAAGGCUGGGAGCAAGUAGUGAUCCACAGGGAUAUAAAGGCGAGUAACGUCUUGCUAGAUGCCGACCUAAAUGGAAGACUUGGAGAUUUUGGGCUUGCGAGACUAUACAACCACGGAGCCGACCCUCAAACGACUCACGUCGCAGGAACGCUUGGUUAUCUCGCCCCCGAACACAUGCGAACUGGCAAAGCCACUAGGAGCACAGACGUGUUUGCAUUCGGAGUGUUUUUGCUUGAGGUCGCCUGCGGGAGAAAGCCGAUCCAGAAUCGAGAUGCGGAGGACACGAUAUUGGUGGACUGGGUAUUUUCUUGCUGGGACAGAGGUGCCAUUCUCGAGGCCAGAGAUCCGAAGUUGGGGGCGGAGUUUGUGGAAGAAGAAAUGGAGUUGGUUCUAAAACUCGGGUUGAUGUGUUCCCACCCCGAGCCGCUGAUGAGGCCUAGCAUCCGUCAAGUUUUGCAUUACUUGGAGGGCGAUAUUCCAACGCCGGAGUUGUCAUCCAUCAGCGGCAGGUUAACAGUCGGUCAUCACGGAGGUUUUGAUGAUUUGGCUAGGUCUCCGUCCUCCAUGGAAGAGGCAUUUCAGCAAUCAUAUUCUGCUGUAGAAUCGCUUCUCUCAGGUGGGCGAUGAGCCUCAUAUUUUUGGUUUCUGAUCUUAUUCCAUGCUCUUUA